UAAUUCAUCACUCUUCAUUGCGAGCUUUUGGCCUUUUAUUGGAUGUUAGGGUUUCGAUUUCUGAAAUGUCCAUUUUCUUUCAUUCCAAUUUUAAUAUAUCGAUUUCUUUCCUCGAAAUCCCAGUUCCAUUUUGUUUUCGUUUUUAGUUGAAUCAUCAGCUCUCAUUAAUUUUUCCCAAUCUCCGAUUAGUUGCUUGUGCUCCAGGCUGCAUUUGAUUGAUGCAAGGGUGGGAAGCGAAUGUGCAUAGUAAUAGGUUUUGGCAAGGUAGCAUUGAGUAUAAUAGUCAGUAAAGACGAUGCGUGGGCGUUCCUAAGUAUUGGGUUGGGUUGACAGAGUCGUGGCUGAUUGAUUUGCGUGUGCUGUUGGCCAGUUAUUGCUGGGGGAUUGUAGAAGAAGGGCAUGGAGAAUGGUUAUGAUGCGAAAUUGGCCGAGAAAUUCUCAGGCUUGGGUGUUAAUCAGCAUAAUCAGCAACAUGAUCAACCGCGGGAUCAGACUAACCCCACUUCUAGCAACAACGACAGCUUGUAUCAAGUCAUGAAGGCCGUUGAGGCGGCGGAGGCCACCAUUAAGCAGCAGGUGGAAGAGAAUAACCGGCUUAGGUCUGAGCUUCAAAGAAAAAUUCAGGAACUUGAAAAAUAUAAGCAAGAUGAGUCAAUGGAUCGAGGACCACAAUCUGUUGCACCAUGGGAUGAACAGAGUCAAGGGUCUUAUGAAGCUCGUCCGUCAUUUGUGCCAUUAGGAAAUCAAGAAGAUCUGCUUAAGGCCAGAAGUGAUGCAGAAAUUCAUUAUCAAGGCAGUAAAUUAAAUGGGACAUUCAGAAUGCACCCAAAUGAUCGGCUAUAUGCUGAUAAUACUGGCCCCUCUCAAAUGUCUCCAUUAUCUGCAAGGUCAAUCUCUCCAAGAAGGCAUAAAGUUGAAGGGGGCUAUGGUUCACGAAUUAAUUCUUCUGGACAAGGGUUGAUGCCCGUGGCUGAAAUGAAUAAUUCUAAUAGCCUAUGGAAGCAGGAUCUUGCCAUAAAGAUUCGUGAACAUGAAGAAGAGAUCAUGCAGUUAAGGAAACAUCUUGCAGAUUAUUCCGUAAAGGAAGCACAGAUACGCAAUGAAAAGUAUGUUUUGGAAAAGCGCAUUGCAUAUAUGCGUCUGGCCUUUGAUCAGCAGCAACAAGACCUAGUAGAUGCAGCAUCAAAAGCUUUAUCAUAUAGACAGGACAUAAUUGAAGAAAACAUUCGUCUCACGUAUGCGCUGCAGGAUGCACAGCAAGAAAGAUCAACAUUUGUUUCGUCCUUGCUGCCUCUUCUAGCUGAAUACUCCCUUCAGCCCCCUGGUCCUGAUGCUCAAUCAAUUGUUAGCAAUGUCAAGGUUUUGUUUAAACAUUUGCAGGAAAAACUUAUUCUCACUGAGUCGAAGCUAAAAGAGUCACAAUAUCAACUAGUGCCUUUGCGUUCUGAUAUGAACCAUUCGAAUUUUGCUUCACAAUCCCCAUCUCAUUCAGUUGGUGCAGCAUUGGCAACCUCAAAUAAAGAUGGACUUGAACUGGUUCCUCAGCCCAUGUAUUCCCAAGUAAAGCCUCAGGUCUCUGUUGAUGGUCAGAUGGGAACUGAUUGGGAUAUAUUGGGUCGCCAUCAAAGUGGUGUGGGUGGGAUGACGAAGAAUGUAGAUGCUGAUGUAAUGGGGAGAUAUUCACCUCUUGCAAGCAGGACAUCUAGCCAUGAUACCCCCUCCCAGCAUGUAGUUGAUGGUGCUCGUCCUACGCAUUAUGGAGAAGAAACAACUAACAAACAGGUUACAUUUCGUGAUCCUGUGAGUAAUAGUGAAGUGGAUGAUACUGAUGGUGAUGGAAAUCAGAAUGAGAGAGAAGCUUCUGCUAACUGGAGUUCGGGCAACUCUCCUUAUACAGCUGCCGCUGAUGAUCCCAGUUCCUCUUAUUCUCCUUAUCAUCUACCACCAGUCCUAGAAGAACCUUGUUCAUCAUUUUCUGAGGCUGCAGAUGAUGAUCCGUUACCAGCUAUAGAGGGUCUUCAAAUUUCAGGAGAAGCCUUUCCAGGAAGAGAACUUCAGGCAUGCGGAUACUCUAUCAAUGGCACCACUAGUUGUAAUUUUGAGUGGAUAAGGCAUUUGGAAGAUGGAUCUGUUAAUUAUAUUGAUGGGGCAAAGCAACCCAACUAUCUUGUCACUGCUGAUGAUGUUGACACCUACCUUGCCAUUGAAGUUCAGCCUCUGGAUAACAGAAAGCGCAAGGGAGAACCUGUGAAGGUUUUUGCGAAUGAUACUAAAAAGAUCACUUGUGACCCUGAAAUGCAGAGCUGCAUUGAGAGGACCCUUUAUAGUGGAGUGGCAUCAUAUAAAGUUUCUCUUUCGACUGGAUAUCUGGAUAUAUGGGAACCAGCUACUCUGACUAUUAAGAGGGAAGGGUACAGUAUCAAACGCAGUGGACCCAAUGCAGUUGUAGCUGCAGACAAAUUUUCUUCGCCUGUCAGUGUUGUGAUUCCUUAUGGAAAUGUUUCAGAAUUUGUAAUAAUGAGUUCUAGUGAUGUUCAGCAUAUAUUACGAGCUGAAACCAACCCAACAGAUGUCAGUGGCUCGAGAGACACUAUUGUGCUCACCAUGAGAUUGUUUAUCCUACGGGCCGUGGAGAAAAGGAGGGGAAAGAAGAAAGGUUUAUUCUUUAACAAGUAAAGGGAAGACAAGCUGGUACAGACUAUAUGGUGUCAGUGGAAUAAUAUAGGAUGGGCACAAGUAGUGUAUUUUGUUUGCAACCUAAAUUAUUUAUUUUUCCUUUGUAUUUUUUUAAAGGGUAGGCUUAGCUUGAAAUGUAAUCUUCUGCGUGCGGUCACACCCCUUCUUUCCAUAUUUUCCAGUCUUUUCCUCCCAUCUUGUAAAUCAGAUUUUUUUCCCCCUGUACUGUCAUUGGUUUGUGCAAGUCUUUGUGCGCACAAGCCUGUUGGAUCCUUUAAAUUAAUGAACUGUCAAUUUUGAUGAUC